UACAACUGUUUAUGUAAUACUUGACGUCAGUGCAAUUUCCAAUUUGUUGACAUGGAGGAACUAAAACAUUUCCCCUCGUCCUUUAGCAAUGGAGAGGCAGGAUGAGAUCAUCCCUGAACACCCGAACAACAGCAACAUCCGCUGCAGUCCGCAGGACAAGCGCUGCAUACAGAAGACCCUGGCCCGACACCCUCCCAAAUCCAACCAGAGAAAUAACAACGCCCGGGAGGAGGCCAAGGCGGCACUGGCUCCAUGUCGUGCUGAGCUACAGAGAGCGUUGGACAGGUUGGCGUCAAAUAGCCGCACACAUGACGAUCUCUUCACGAUCCCAAUACCCAACUGUGACAGGAACGGAGAUUUCCACACUAAACAGUGUCAUCCCGCACGUGACGGCCUGCGGGGAAAGUGCUGGUGUGUGGACCAGAAGACGGGCAUGAGACUGCCGGGCCCACUGGAGCCACGAGGGGAUCUGGAAUGCCACCAGAUAAUGACUGCUACGCUGAGGGAUUGAGGAGUGGAUGGGCUGGGAGGGGGGGGAGGGGCAGGACCAGCUGGAUUCUACUGGUGCUUAUUAGUAGAACUACGCGAGGAAAGGACUUUGCUCUAAAGCCUCGCUUCACCUGAGGCCGGUACUUGAGCCUGCGCAACAAAAAGGAAACCAUUGAUUUAUUUUGCUAUUUUGUUUUCUGUGUGUGAGAGUAUGUGAUCACAGAUUUGUUUGAGCACUUGUUGUGUAUUGUUUCUAUGUGAACUUCAAGACCGAAAGUCUUUAGACACAUGCGCUUUAAAGCUACAGGUAAUUGUGAUCUUUGUUAGAGAGCAAAAUGUGUUGUUUUCUCUAGUCUAGCUUCAGUAGAUGAUUGUUCAAAAUGAUGUUGCAUCAACCCUACCAGAUAAUCAGACGUGAAAUACCACAGGAGCUGUUAGCACUAGAGCGGCUGGAAUAACUGCAUCAGGACAAUCCAGGAAGAUGAUCAGAUAAAGGAUUGUGUUGGUUUUUUACACAAUAUGUGAAAUAGAUUGUAACGUCUCAUUGUACUGUCCUAUUUGUCCAUUACCCCACCCAUCUGGUAACUAGGUAAAAACAAAGCACAAAAUGUGUUUGCAAACACAAAGUCUAGUUCAGCGACGACACAAGAGCAAUAAAAUAAGGGAUGAUAACAGAUCAAAUGAACAAAGAAACGGGGGAGGGGGGACGCAAAGGAAUGCAACGGUUCCCUGCCAUGAGUUACCAAAUGAUAAGCCAUAGCUUUUCCCAACAUCAAACCAAAGUGGAAAGUGAGAUAAAAGAGAUUACUUUCAACAACAGUAUCUCUGACAGGCCAGAGUAGAUUAGCUUCACCGCCCCGUGGCUAACUCUGCUAGCUCUGUAUCCUGGUGGUGUGGAGGGACUGGCAGCGCGGCAGGCACACACCCUGGACCCUGCUGAUAGGCUAAUCAUAUUUCUCCAGCUGGUGCUAACAAGCCAGUGUUACUUUGAAGAUGUAUGAAUAUGCUUCAACAUGAACGAAUUCUAUCCAAACAGACUGCUUGGCAGGACUUUCAUGGUGCUAUAUACUGAUCGUGCCAAAAAACAAACAAAACGGCUUCUGCACUUUUGGGGUAUUGUUGAAGAAUGGAACAGAAGACUGGGAUUUCAGAAAGGGAGCAUUUAGCAUCAGCAAGUGUGAGGAUCACCUACAUGUGUGACUAUCUGCACUAGCUACUGGCCAAGAGGGCUUUUGAAGUGUGUAUUAAAAGUUAUUGUUGAAAUGUAUAAGUUAACUGACAAUAGAGUGGUGCAGGAAUGAGUCUUAAACCCGGCAAUGAGUUGUUUUAAAGUCAAUGUACCUUUUGUUUUUGUUUAGGUGCCUCAAGCUUACGCUAUAUUCACGUUUUGUUCUGCAAUAUAAAAUACGUCAGUAAACCCCGCAAUGGUGAAUGUCUGAAGCUUUUAUAAGUCUUAACAACUGAAACUUCUAACCAGUGGCUUAAUGAGACUACUUAAAGUUAUAAGUAUAGGCAAAUAAUAUUACAAGUCAGUGGUGAUGCUCAGUCAUGUGACCGGGAUUUUGUUUGUUUGUUUUAGAGCCUAACGUUAGCGGUUUGCUUCUGGCCAAUGCAUUUUCGCAUUGGCCAGAAGUAAAAUAUUUUUUAAAUAUGUCAAAAUUAUACUGCUGAACAAAACGUGUAUCAUAAACAUGUGUUGGCUAUGUUGGCUAUGUUCUGCAAUAUUUCAAAAUGUUAUGGAAAAUCCCAUAACUUUUAGUCUAGGUAGCUCUUGUGAUGCUAAGUUCUGGGUCGGCCUACACAACUACUUCACUUCACUGUACCACUCGAUAGCGCUGCACUAACACUUCAGAUAGCUGGCCUGUUGUUUCAUUGGCAAAAGUUGUACAUUGCAGGUGUGAUGAGUCUUUAAUAUACAAGCAGAGCAUAACAAGCAUUAAUGAAUAAACUCCUGGCAGCAAAGCCACUCCAAGUCAACAUGAAGCUUGGAACUGAGGUUGAGUUGCAGUAAAGAGAGUAUAAUGAUUAUGUGGAAACAUGACAACGCUGGCUCUCAUAUCGUCUGUAGGGCAUCAGACUAAUAUUAAAAUGAGUUAUUUACCAGUGCAAAUAUCAUAGCUUCUCAUCAAGACGCUGCAAGUGAGGCUAGUAAUAUUCUUAUAGAAGUGUGUUGUACUUGUGGCAGAAUAGCAGGCUUAAACUAAUGCUGGUGUUUAUCACAACCAGAUAUGGACAGCCUGCUCUGUCCCGUUGGAGAUUUUGGUUUUUAUUAACUCAAGCACAAAUGUAUCUAAAUGUGUCAUUAUUAUAAGAAGAGCAUCAAUGUCAAGCUAACAAAUACAUUUACAGUGCAGUUAUUACAGAUAUGUCUAAAAAGAUUCAAUCCUAUUAAAAAAACAAACAGAUUAAAGCUUCUGUCACAAAAUGUAUUUCUUGUUAUUUUUAUGUCUUCAGACUCUGCAUAUCAAGGCUAAUGUAGGUUGAGAAAAACUAAUGAUAGUGUGCAGGAAACGGGGAAUAUUCUAAAAAAUAACCUUAUCGCGCACAUUUACAAUAAACAAACUAGGAUGUUUUCUGAGAAUUAAAGUGGUAUCAUUAAUCUGUAAUCUGUCUAUUAGUAUCACCUUAUCCAAAUCAAUUUGUUGUUUUCUUUUGAAUAGGCCCAAUUUAUUGCAAUGUAUAUUUAAAAUCUGGAUGCCCAUGAUAAUGUGAAUCUAGGCUAAAGUGUAUUUUUUUACUGCUGAAUUUGAUUGCAAAAUAUAAUUUGAUUAGGUCUUCUAUUGCUGGUAAAUACACCUCAAGGGUUGGAGUCAGUGGUGUGAUGAAGUCUAUUCAUCCAGCUGAAACACAAUGACGUUCCUUGUUUUUUAUUAAAUGUAUCUCCUCAGAGAAUAUUCAAGUUUUUACUUGUACAUUUCCAUCGUAUAUAUCAGAUUUCUUUCUCAGAAUAUAACCCUUAUUUUAGAUCUGUUCAGCUUUUAAUAAGACUAUUUGAGCACAAAACACUGAAGGGAGGUUCAUUCAGCUGCAAACAGAAAUAAAAGAAGUGCCAUGGAAACUUUUAUUGUUAUCUUUAUAAUGUAGUUUUGCAAAUGUUUCCGUAUUGAAUUGGGUCUCUUUCUCAAAUGCAGUAGUGCGUAUAUAAAUUGUGAGUCUGCUGCUAACUGGGGACAGUUCAUAUGGGCCAGAGUUCCCUAAAGGUAAUCUAACAAAAGUUCCCCCACAUCAUCUCAGCAUUUCUGUGAGUAUCUCCAGUGCAUCCUUAAAGACACUCAAUCUAAAUUUAAAAAAGCAGAAAAGUUAAAAUUAAGUUUUAAAUAGGUUUACAUAUUAUAAGAUAAAGCACAAUCACCAAUUCCAAUUCCAAUAAAAAAACAAAAACAUCACAAGUAACUUAUUUUCUUGUCUCUGUCUUGGCCUAGUAAUUAUGUUGUAUGUAAUAUCAGUCAGAAUUUUAGAUGUUGGUUGCCAGGUACUAACAACUCUACAUACUGUGAGUAAUUGAAUGUGAUGUAGUGUCGCUGAAGUCAAUGAUCAAUUUGCUGGUGUAUUGCCACUUGAUGACUACUUUCUUGUCACUGAAGAAAGAAAUGUAUCCAAAGAUAGUUCACCAAAACACAGACGGAUAGACAGAAGAUGCUAUGGGUGGAGAGUCAUGCUGCAGCUUAAAACUGUCAAAAACCAAAUAUCCUGAGAGCUGUCCCAAAGACAAAGUAUCUGAA